AAUCUCACAACACAAUUCACCACCGCUCCUCGACCUCCUCCGUCCGCUCGCAGCUCGAACCAAGGAGAGACCGUCAGCCAUGUCCGGCCGCGGCAAGGGAGGCAAGGGGCUCGGCAAGGGCGGCGCCAAGCGCCACCGGAAGGUGCUGCGCGACAACAUCCAGGGCAUCACCAAGCCGGCGAUCCGGCGCCUCGCUCGGAGGGGCGGCGUGAAGCGCAUCUCCGGCCUCAUCUACGAGGAGACCCGCGGCGUGCUCAAGAUCUUCCUCGAGAACGUCAUCCGCGACGCCGUCACCUACACGGAGCACGCCCGCCGCAAGACCGUCACCGCCAUGGACGUCGUCUACGCGCUCAAGCGCCAGGGCCGCACCCUCUACGGCUUCGGCGGCUAGGCUCUUCCUCGCCACCCCACUGCAGAUCCCGAAAGUUUGAUACCGCGACUUGUGUAGUUCGCUAGUUCCUCUGUAGUUCGCUAUUUCCUCUGUAUUUCGUACUGAAUCGUGGAGCAAAGUUAUUCGCAGUUUGUUAGAAAUCAAAUAUGUCUCU